UAUUCCGUAAAACAGUUUACUGCAAAUAACCGACUGGAACGUGAACAAAGUAACACUUAAACGUUUAUAUGUAUGCAUAUAAAUUGGACGUGGGACUCGCGAAAUUGUUUAUUUCUUCGCGCUGAUUGCCGACGGGAAAAAAUGACGAGUUAGAAGAAAGUGAAUUCGGUCUCUUCUUCUCGAGUGUCGCGCGUCGGCGGCCAAUUUACUUUUGUCAUCGGAUAACAACAAGGCAGGUCACGAAAACAGACCACAAGACCAAAAACGACAUGACCAAAAAAUUAUCAGUUUUGCUAUUUGUGUGCUUGUCCUGCGUUGGGGCGUACGGCGCACUCGAGUUCGAUUUGCGAGUGCCGAGGGUUGCGGAUAUUUUAAACCGGGUGUCGAAUACCACUUUCGUCAUUAUUCGAGGUGGAGUGAAUUUCAUCGGUAGAACGGUAGACAGGGUUAUAACGACAUUCGGACGAGUCGAGGACCGUCUAAGGGCAUUGCUGGAAGAAUUCAGGGGGAUUUUGCUGAGGGGAAUUCCAGAAUUGGGUAUACCCGUCUUAGAUCCGCUGCACAUAAACAAGAUCGAGUUUGACGUCAACCAUGACGCGGCAAGGUUAAAAGGGAAAGCGGAGAACCUGACGAUAAAACACAUAUCGAAGUUCCAGGUGGACAAAGAAAAAUUUACCGAUCUGGGUAACCUAAGGUUUAAACUGGACCUUAACCUAACCUUCCCCCGAAUUCGAGUCACUGGACUAUACGACGUCCAGGGUAAAAUUGGUAAUAAUUUCGUGGUGUACGGUGCCGGGCCGUUCUGGUUAAAUUUAUUAGAUUUGAAGUUGGGAACUACCACGAUUCUGAAAUUCACGCUACCGGCUAAACUUAGAGUGGAGCAUAUUAACAUCAAUAUCAAAUUAAAAAGACUUGAAAACCGAUUCGCCAAUUUGAUGAACAACACUCAAGUUGCGGAACUGAUAAAUAAAGCUAUAUCGAGGAUGGCACCAGAAGCACUGGACAUCUUAUGGCCUGAACUCAAGCCAUCAGUACAAGAGCAAGUAAAACGGUACAUCAAUCAAAUUUUGGAGAACGCGACGAUAGUGAACUUGGCCAAGAGAGUGUUCAACAUUAUAGUCUAACAAGUCCAAUUUUAUCAACGUUUUUAUAACCGUAUUUAUUUGCAUUUGGCUAACACUAGACAAAUACGAUCGCGAAAACUUAAUUUAUUAGUGUCAAGGUCGUGUACUGCCUCUUGCAGAUAAAUUGUGAAUAUAAAUAAGGAAAACGGUAAUCCUUUGAUAUAAAUUCCUUAGGAAGUCAAAAAAAAUUAAAUACGUGGAUGGCAAACUUUCAUAAGGGCAUCAUGCUGGCUCUCUCACAUCUGCGCUAGACUGAAUUAAAUUAAAUUACACGAUCGCCAAAUAAAAACCGGUGGAACCUUCUAUGUCUAUUUUCGUGCAAACAACCUAACUUUGUUUUGACAAUCAGACAACCUGAUACGGCCAAAGAGGGCAGUAUUUGGGCGUUUUAAUUAACGAAAAUCUCAAUUCAAAGAAAUAUAUGUGUUAUUGGCUGUAAAUAUUUAAUAUUUUACUACCACAAUUGACAGCACUUAUUGACUUUUCUUAUAUACACUUUAUGAAACAAUUUUGUUUAUUCUUGGUUUAGCAAAAAGCCAAUCUGGAUAUAAACAUAUACAUAUCUUAAGUAUUUCUUCUCUUUUAAACUCAUUGUAAGUGUUUCAAGUUUUUUACUUGGAAAAACCGUUGAAACCAAUAAGGUCUAAUUCUUAUUUUUUGCCACCAUUGCAUUAGUGAGACUCAUUCCAUAUGGUGCAAUCAUAUGGCUGUUAAAAGACGUCAGUAAUAUAUUUCAGUUUCAGUUGACUUGAUGUUUUCGUUUACAAUUUGGUUGCGCAGUAGAAUUCUCAAUAGUUCCAAAAAUAUAUUAAACCGUAGCACCCCACUCCUUUUUUGCAUUGAAUUUGAAUUACAAUUAUAAGCGAGAUUUAAGAGUUAUCAUCGAAUAUCAAGGAGGAUCAAUCCUACUUCCUUUACUCCCAUACUUAUGGGGUCAUUUUGUGAUGUGACGUGACGUUCAGGGUAAACAACUAAUAACGGCGUUAAACUUGAUAAAGAGAAUUUAAAUAUUUCUUGAAACAAUAAUUAAUAAAUAUUACAUUAAAUUACUAUAAAUCAAAGGUUAACUACGAAGAAAAUAAAAAAAAAUAACGCGAGGUAGUUUAGACAUCUGGUUUUCGUUAUUCUUCUAUUUAAUAUUUAACAGAAAGGAUUACCUAAAAAUUUUAAUUACCACAUCUUCCUUUCUAUCUUUUACCAACAUUUUGGAGGAGACACAAAUAUCGAAUGUCACCGUUUAAGACUACUCUUUUAGCUUUAAACCAGGUUACUGCCUGCAAAUGAUAUUUUCAAUAAGUUUUUUAUUUUGAUUAAUGCGUCUUGUAAAUGACAAAACUGAUUACGAAAUUAUUAAGUAGUACACCUUGCAAAAAAAACAAUGUGUUUUUCAUGAUUGUGAACUCUACUUUGAUACACUCUGUAAACGGAGGAUAUCAAUCGCAAUGUUGACAUAAAAAGUCCUUAAAAUUCGCCUCCUAAUUAUGGUUUUUAAACUACCGCUCAGGGUCUUAGGAAGGGCCUAGGUUUUACAAAAAAAAAAUGCACAGCUGCUCUAUUAAUUUACAUAAACUAAUAUAAUUCCGCUACACUCUUUCCACUUAUUUCAUAACUAUUAACGACAAAAAUGUGCUAAAUUUAUUUUAAAAUUUCACGUAUUUUGGGAAAAGUUUCUUUCAUUAAACACCCAGCAACAAUUUACGAACGAACUAACGCAUCACAUCAAAAACUUUAAGUACUAUAAAGUAGGGACAGAAAAUUUAAAACCCAGCUUUAUCAAUGUAUCUUCAUCUUAGAGUCCUUCUUUAUACUGUACCUGUAGUACGGUUAUUAUUUUGAUCACACUUUAACAAGUUGUUAUUUAAGCAAAAUUGUACUUACCUCUCUAUCCUACCUGCACGAAUAAUUAUGAAUAGCUUUUUUUUGAUAUCAAUGAACAUUUAAGAUUCAUUUUCACAUAGGUUUUACGCUGUGUCGAGUCAGUUUGCUGUUAAUCAAAAAGGACCAUCCAUCCAGCUCAUCAGAUCAAGAAGUUUGUAUACAUAUUGUUAUUGUUGGAGAUGUUUAACAUUAUUUAUUUUAUUGUUUUUUAAUAGCAGCAAAAUGACAUGAAAGAGUUGUUAAAUAUUUAUAUUUUGCCUUUCCGUAUAACAAGUAUGAAGUAUGGAAAACUUGAUGAAAAAUAUGUGGCGCAAUGAUAUCAAGUAUUUUUCGUAGAAAAAAACAUUAGAACUUAGGGGUUGUUAAAUUUUUUGUAAGUAUUAUUAAGGGUGA